GUUCAUCUGAAGCCACUCCAAGCCAGCAACCGCGCCGCGGGGCCCGUGCGGAAUGGCGACGUCGGGGUACAAGCAGGAUUUGCCUCCUGAAGGGGGCUAUGCCCCCUUCAAUUUUAAGCGUGUGCCUGCCAGAGUGUUGAUGUCCGGUUACAGGCUGUUUGGGCUCUACGCAGUUUUUACUGGCUUCUCAUGGUACAUGUUGAAGAACUGUUUUGUUAGGAAGAAGUUGAUUGAAAUAGAACAUGCCGAUGGGCAUAAUGCGCUACAGCCUCUUCUGCUUGCUGAGAGAGACAGAUUGUACCUGAAGCAGCUGAAGAAAAACCGUGAAGAAGAGCGGGAGCUGAUGAAGGAUGUGCCUGGGUGGGAAGUGGGCACCUACUACGGAGAGCGUCUGUACAAGACAAUCAGUCCCGACACGCACAUCGACCCCUUUGCCGACGAGUUCUUUGCGCAUGCGGAACCCAAGAGAGCCUACGACAUCUGGCACUACUGGGACACCAACUUCUAAGCUGCAGUGGAUUUUCACCAUUUGCUAGAGGCACUGCCUAUUUCAUUUGUUUGUUAUAGAUAUCCCACUUGAGUGCUUUCAUUAAAGAGUGCAAGAGCCUG